GCCGGAAGUACUCGCUUAAACACGUAAACAUAAUGUUGCCAGUGUUCCAAUGGAUAUGCGUGUAAUUUGGUGACUAGUGAGGAAAAGUUUCAUGGGAAACAAUGCACAAGAGACAGUAUUCAGACAACAUAUCAAUGAUGAAAGUACCAGGACCAUGCAGUCAUUGUGGCUGCACUUGUGAUGGGAAGAAUAUAACAGACACAAGCCAUAAUUUAGACCUCCAACAACAGAUAGAAGAGUUACAGAGUCAACUUCUGAGAAAAAAGGCACACAUGUCUAAUAUAGAACAAGAUUAUGAUAAUAGGUUACAGGCCACUAAUUAUGAACUACUCAAGUUGAGGGAGGAGUUUGUUAAAUUGAGGGACAGAUAUGAAAGGUUGAUGGAAAGCCAUAAACGGAUGCAAAAGAUAAAUGACAACCUUGAAAAUAAAUUGCUCAAUGUUGUUAAUUCUACAGAGUCAGAGAAAACACAGCUUCAGAAGGAAAUAGCAUCACUGACUUCCAAAAUUGUGGAUGCUAAAUCAUUGGUUUGUGAUCUCGAGGAAGAAAAUGAACGAUAUCGUAAUGACUGUAAUUGGGCUGUACAGUUAUUACAGUGUAAACCAAGCAAUUUUGUGGCUCAGAAGCUAAAUGCUUUACCCAUUGGUCUCCAAGAUCGCGUCAAAAGUCACAUGACUAGUGAACAAAUAAUUAACACGGAUAACGGAAACCAGGAAACAACUAAACUUAUACAUGUUCCGAUGCAAACAUUUCCACCAACGGCAAUGGUUUAUUCUGUUCCGAAACAAAAAGACACUUCCAAUGGGACCAGUGAACAUCAGGAUGUUCCGACCUCCCUCAUAGCGAAAGUGUUAACGCAACCUGAAAUUAAACGUAGACCUCAGCGGACCUAUUUCUGUGUUAAAUGCCGCGAGGAUUAUCAUUUCGCUCACAAAGAGACGCAAACUAACUGUGUAAAAGAAGUAGAGCGCGGAGUUAAAAUGGCAGUAAAAGUUCAUCGGAAAGUCAACAGCUAUACGUCACUUCCUUUCACAGAUACUGGAUAAAAAAAGUGAAUAUGAAGUGAUACUAAUUUAUGUUUGCGAUUUACCAGUAGGCCAAAAUAUAAAAGCUUGUGGGAUCAUUAACUUGUAAUCUGCUUAUUCAAAGUGCUGUGCAAAAAUAUUAUUUGUCAGGAAUUUUGUGUGUACAUAUACUUUUCUUUCCUCCUGUCAUGGAGAGUAAAACAUAGCAUAGCAAUAUUAUGCACUAACCAAAUGGCAUUGGCAUACCUGAGGUGGUUAUUGGAGCAAGUUGUACUUAUAUUGGCAUGAGGGCGUUGCCCGAGUUCUGAAUUAGGUUCAGGAAUGCAAAUAACUACAGAAAGUACAUCACUGCCAUUUAAUUAGUUGUUUAUUAUAUACUUUUACAUAAUUUAGGGUUAAUUGAAUGAAACAUGAUGUGCCAAUAACCAGUAAUUGAGCAUGUUACUUGUUAUUGGAAAAGGAUUCUCCUGUGAAUUUUUUGUUACUAUUUAUAGCAAGGUGUUUUUUGAUACUUUUUAUAGUAAGGUAUACAUGUACUAAACCAUACUGUAUAAUCAUAGACCUUUAAGAUAGAUGUACAAUAUAAUUAUACACAUUUGAAAAUAUAUAGUAGCACAAUAACUGGAAUUAAACAUUGAGUAGGUAACAUUUUAUAGUUUAAUGAUAGAUAAUAGAUUGGUUUUCACUGCGGUUUAGUCAGAAAGAAAAUAUUUUGAGGGGGGAGGGGCAGGCUUAGUAGCUACAAUCUGACUGAUUUAUAAAUAAAACGUAGAAGUCCUUGCCUUAUUAUCUUGUUAAACAUACUCAAAUUUUCUGUUGAAGCAAUUCAUGAACUGAAAAAAUUGUACUGAUUAUUAGCUGUGUAGUACAUCUAUUGACAGGACCAAAAUUUAACCUUUACCCUAUUUCUAAAAUAGAUUGGUCUAUCAUUCAAUUUGGGCAGUACCAUUUAUUAUUUGAAGGGGUGUUCACUGAAAAUUUACUGACUGAAAAGCGAACAGUGCAGACCAAGAUGAGCCUGCAUGGAUGUGCAGGCUGGUCGUGGGUCUGCACUGGUCGCAAAUGCAGAAUUGCUUGCCGCCAGCAGGCUAAAGAUUAAUGCAAAAGUGCUUUCCACAUAGAUUUGAUAUUGGUUACUAUAUGUAUGAUAUGUUAGAUAUUUAGGUUUUGUUUUCAUUAAGGAAUAGCUUGUAUGUUUUUUUUUCUGAAAAUGCAUCGUAUAUUUUUUUUAUUUUUUGAAAAACAUAAAAGUCUGUUAGGUAUUAAGGUAACAUUAAUAUACAUUUAAAGUGAAACAUGGCUCACUUGAAGUCGCAAGGGGAUGAGCAAAAUGCUCGAGUUAUCCAUGGUUUCGAGCGACCCAAACAUUGACUAACAUACGAAGAAAAAUGAAGUUUGUUUUACCAAUUGUCAUCGGGACCAUUUGCAGAGGAAACUGUGAUGUGUAAUAAUAACACACUCGUGACAUUUUCAAAAAACUUAUUACAAACGUUAUCUAUGAUAGAUGUUUCAUUAUAUAUUUUGUAAAUGGCACAUGUGAAUAAACAACUAAGGUUGUUUUUUUUUUAUUAUUUAUCAACAAGUGCAUAUAGAAAUUAGAUUUUCAUUCAUGCAUGAAAGCGUAUCUCAUAAUUUUCUUCUUGAUCCUGCAGAAAAGAUGUAAUAAGUAAUAACAUACUUGUUUUAAUCUAAAACAAACAGUAAUUGAUUAAUAUUUGAUCGAUAAAACUUUUCUUUAACCUUUCAUCACCAAUUAAUCUCAUUAUCAGGUCAAAUAUACCCACAAACAAACAUUUGAGAUAGUCGGGGAAUAGACCACGCAAUUCUCAUGGCGCGUGAAAAUUUUAAAUUAACCAAUACAUUUUGACAGCCAAAGAUGUGUAAAAUUUUGACACCUCUGCUCGAGUUUGCCAGAAGCAACAAAGAGUAAAUUAAUACACAGGGACCAGGUGUCAUGCUCGAGCGAUCGAGUUAUCGAUGCUCCCACCCAGCCAUGGUAAUUUCACAUAGAAAAUAGAAGGAAAUUGGCCAGGACCACAUGAAUUGUUCGAGCGAGCCCGGGUGCUCCAGUCAUC